AUGUUCACCACUGCAGGCAGAACUGUCAAGAGUGGUCUCGUUGGCUCAGCUGUCGUAUCCUCAUGGACCUGGGCGGCAACCUUGCUGCAGAGUUCGGGUAUCUGCUAUCGAUAUGGAGUCUCCGGCCCAUUCUGGUACGCAUCGGGCGCGACGGUCCAGAUCCUCCUCUUCGCAACACUGGCCAUUGAACUCAAGAGGCGCGCUCCCAAUGCGCAUACCUUUUUGGAAGUCAUCAAGGCGAGAUAUGGCCCUGUUGCACACAUUGUUUUUAUCGUUUUUGGCCUCAUGACAAAUAUUCUGGUCACCAUGAUGUUGCUUGCCGGGGGUAGCGCAACGGUGAAUGCUCUCACGGGCAUGAAUACCGUUGCCGCCAUCUACUUGCUGCCCCUGGGCGUAACGAUGUAUACCCUAUUCGGCGGACUGAAGGCGACUUUUCUGACGGACUAUGUCCACACUUUGAUUUUGCUCAUCAUAAUCACCAUGUUCUCACUGACAGCCUACUCCACGUCCGACAUUAUCGGAAGUCCCAGCAAGAUGUUUGAGUUACUUCAAGAAGCGACACAGAGACACCCAGUCGACGGCAACCAAGAUGGAAGCUAUCUUACAAUGCGAUCAAGUGAUGGAAUCAAGUUUUUCGUCAUUAAUAUCGUUGGCAACUUUGGCACGGUGUUCCUCGACAACGGUUACUACAACAAGGCGAUCGCGGCUAGUCCGGUCCAUGCGCUGCCCGGCUACGUGAUUGGAGGCAUUUCCUGGUUCCCGGUGCCGUUCUUGACCGCCACCACCAUGGGGCUGACUGCACUCGCACUCGAGAAUAGGCCAUCAUUCCCUACCUUCCCAAAUCGCAUCCCGGAAGCGGAGGUGUCUGCAGGCUUAGCUUUACCUUAUGCUGCCGUUGCCCUCCUCGGGAAAGGUGGCGCGGUCGCUACUCUCUUGAUGGUCUUCAUGGCCGUUACUAGCGCUUCUAGCGCGGAGCUUAUUGCCGUCUCCUCAAUCUUCACCUACGACAUUUACCGGACGUAUAUUAACCCCAAUGCGAGUGGGCGACGUCUCAUUGCUGUAUCCCACAUUGCCGUCGUUUGCUAUGCGCUGAUCAUUGCCUCGGCAUCCGUCGGCCUUUGGUACAACGGCAUCUCUAUGGGCUACAUCUACGUGCUUAUGGGAGUUCUCAUCUCCGCUGCUGUUCUCCCUGCAACUCUGACUCUGGUGUGGAAGGGUCAGAACAAAUGGGCGGCGGUGCUCACACCUCCCAUUGGUACCAUCCUUGCCAUCAUCGCCUGGCUGGUCACGGCAAAGAAAAAGUGCGGGAAGCUGGAUAUCGAAUGCACAGGAUCCAAUGAUCCCAUGCUGGCAGGGAACGUGGUUGCUCUCCUCGUGCCCCUUGUUUUGAUUCCCAUCUUCACGCUGGUCUGGGGAGUGGACAAAUAUGAUUGGCAGACCAUGGCAGCCAUUCGCAAAGCCGAUGAUCAUGAGCUCACUGAACAGGCCGGUGUUGACUUGGAAGAGGUCCCUGGGGGCCACGAAGAGACGGUUACAGAGUCUGCGGAAGAGCAGCGGGUUCUACGCAAGGCCCUCAAGAUUUCCGUUUCUACCACCAUCUUCAUGACUCUUGCACUGCUGGUACUGUGGCCACUGCCCAUGUAUGGCUCCAAGUAUGUCUUUAGCAAACCGUUCUUCACUGGCUGGGUUACAGUCGCCAUCAUUUGGAUUUUCCUGUCUAUUAUCCUUGUCGGCAUUCUUCCAUUAUGGGAAAGUAGAGGCACUAUAUUCUAUACCACCAAGGCCAUAUUCACUGGGAAGAAACCACCGAAGCAUCCUGUCACGGCGGCUGGAACUACAGAGCAAUCAGGAGAUGAGGGUCCGUUGUCGGAGAAGAGGCUUGGGUCCAAGGAAACCGCCGUCGUGGUUACCCAGUAA